AUGGAUAAUUUGCUUUCAAGUUGGUGCACCACUGUGAAAUCUUUACCUCAAAACUAUGUCUUUCCUGAAGAUGUAAGACCAGGAAAUCAAAUUGUUCCCAUUUUCAACAAUUGUCCGGUGAUCGAUCUUGAAAAAGCAGUUUCUGGUGAUCGGAACGAUGUCAUUCAACAAAUUCUUAAAGCUUGCCAAGACUGCGGGUUCUUUCAGGUUAUCAACCAUGGAGUUUGUGAGGAUCUGAUCGAUGAUACAAUGGGAAUCGUUAAAGAGUUCUUUAACAUGCCAAAUGAGGAUAAAGUAAGUUUAUACUCGCUCGAUCCUCAAAAGAGUUGUAGACUGUAUACCUCUAGUUUCGGUUAUGCUAGAGAGUCGAUCCACCUUUGGAGGGACGCCCUGAAACACCCUUGCCAUCCUUUAGAUGAAUAUGUUGAUCUGUGGCCCCAAAAGCCUCCCAAAUACAGAGAUGUUGUAGGGAAAUAUACGCUUGAAGUCAGAAAUUUAUCAUUAAAAAUACUAGACAUGAUAUGUGAAGGGCUCAAGCUCAAGCCUGGAUACUUCGAAGAUGAAUUGACGGGCAUUCAACUAUUAAAUUUGAAUCACUACCCACCAUGCCCCGAACCGAGUUUGGCCUUAGGAGUAUCAAAACAUCGUGACCCUAACACCAUAACAAUCCUUUAUCAAGGAAAUGUGUCUGGGCUUCAAGUAUUGAAGGAUCGACAAUGGUUUGGGAUCGAACCAUUUCCUAAUGCUUUUGUGGUCAACAUUGGUCAACAACUCAAGGUUAUCAGUAAUGGAAGGUUUGAAAGUGUAGAGCAUAGAGCUGUGACAAACUCAAAAGAGGCAAGGUACACUAUUGCCACCUUCAUCAACCCUCGUAAUGAUGCUGUCAUUGAACCUGCAAAGGAGCUUCUUGAGAAAGAUGAUUGCCGCCCUCUUUUUCGAACCUUUCGUUACAAAGACUUUCAUCACGCAUUCGAACAACAUCGAGGGGAGGGUGAAGCUACCCUUGAAGUGUUUAAGAUCAAGGGUUAA